UCCUUCUUCAGCUGCUUCAGCUGGCGGCGAGCAUCACGGUUUCUCUUUUUGUUUAAUGACGCUAACUGCCCCAACGUGUCGCCGUGGUUGCCUAGCUCACUGAGCGUCUGCUCGUGGCAGGGUCGGCAGCGGCGCUCCUCCCACGCAGACACAGACGACGCGCGGAAAUCAUGGCGUCUGCUACACUUUUGCUGGCCUCGCUCCGCUUUUUGUGAGAAAUUUUCUCCUGUGACUGUGCUCGUAGCGCGAACGGUGCGGUGUUUGUCGGCCCAGUCGACGCGUAAUUACUUGUCGUGGAGGGGCGUGCGCGACAAAGUUCGCGAUGUCGAAUCCUGCGUCGCCCGUGUCGCGGACUUCGACGGCGCCAAGCUCCGGUCGCGCGUCGCCGGCCCCGGCCCCGGCGCCCAUGCCCGCCUCCUGCCCCGUCGCCAACGGAAACGGACCCGCGUUGCGCCGUGCCAUGCUUCGCCAUUCGUCCAUCAGCAGCGUGGAAUUCUACGACGUCGCGUUCAAGGUGAUGCUGGUGGGCGACUCCGGUGUGGGCAAGACGUGCCUGCUGAUCCGCUACAAGGACGGCUCGUUCCUGAGCGGAGCCUACAUCUCCACCGUCGGCAUGGACUUCAGGAACAAGGUUGUGACCGUAGAUGACUACAAGGUCAAGCUGCAGAUAUGGGACACGGCCGGCCAGGAGAGGUUCCGGAGCGUCACACACGCCUACUACAGGGACGCACACGCGCUCCUGCUUCUCUACGACGUCUCGAACAAGACCAGCUUCGAUAACACGAGGGCGUGGCUGGGCGAGAUCAACGAGUACGCGCAGGAUGACGUGGUCAUAAUGCUCAUCGGCAACAAGGCCGACAUCACGCAGGACCGCCAGGUGCGCACCGAAGACGGAGAGAGGCUCUCCAGGGAGUACGGCGUGGCCUUCAUGGAAACUAGUGCCAAGACAGGCUGCAACGUGGAACUGGCCUUCAUGGCCGUGGCACGGGAGCUGAAGCAGCGGGCGUCCCGGUCGGUGCACGGCGCCUCGGGCCGCUUCAACAUGACCGAGUACAUUCGCCAGGAGAGCCAAGCGAAGCCCAACGGCUGCUGCAGUAGUUAGGGAUGGCGCGUCAAGCUCCGGCUGCCCUUCUAGCACCCCCAGCAAACUGCGCACGCCGCCCCGCACCCCUCCCGACGACCCUGGCACAGAUGCCGGCCGCCACGCCGCUGGUAGCGCCGAUGCCGGUACUGGAACUGCUGACUUCGGCGCUGUCGCUUCCGGGGCUGCCGAAAGCGCCGGCCAAGUUCCAGCACCAGCGACGCCGCUUCCCGCGCUGGCUCUGGCGGAACUACUGCCGGCCGGAACCGCUCGGCUGGCGCUGCGUGGUUUGGGGUAAGGCAGUAGCGCGGUUCCGAAUCGCAGCGACACCAGCUCCGGGACUGCCGCUGCUGCUCGCCCAGAAACCAUCCGCCUCACUUGUGACGCCGGAAGUGCCACGAUCACCGCGGACUGGUUCAAGCACUGCCUUUAUUUCCGCGCCCGCCGGUGGCCACAGCCCUCGCGGUCUGACUCGAUCGCCGCGCAGCCAGUUGGGCUCUCGUUUCUCCGCUGGGUUUGGCAGCCCGCCAUAUAUGGGCCGUGCCUGUACGCGAGCGGGCAGCACUCCUGCCGAAUGCGUGGCCGCGGGUGGGCAGCUUUCGGGUUUGCCCACUGCGCAGGGAGGCAUUUCGAGCGCCGCCUAGCUGUACCCUAGCGCGGUCGGCCUCCCCGGACUGCGCUUCUGGUUCGGCAGCCGAGAUGCCACGCGAGCCGAGGGGAAUUUUCCUUGCGUGGAGCUGCGUCCAAGUAUGGACGCGGCUACCUUGGCGGUUAGAGGCCUUGAAUCGUGACUGUUGGUGCGGCUGCAUUUUCCGUCGUUUAACUCACUUAAAGACUCUGACUGGCUGCGCGGUGGUCACGUGGCCGAAAAGCCGUGCGCGCAAGCUCAACGUGCGCGCGCCUUUGUUUAAUGCCAAUGAGGCGGCAGACGCGCGCAGGGGCUUGUGCUCUUCUGUUUGUGCCCCCUCUGUUGACCUACCCUAUAAUAAUCACCGCGCCUGUAUAUGCGGCAGCAGCAGCAUCAGCAGCAGAUGUGGACUGAAGCUUGGACUCUGUUGGACUGUGUGCACGUGUGUAUGUGUGAGUGUCUGUUUGCGGAAGCCGAUCAAGUGGCUUUUAUUCUCGACUACAAUUGUCGAAACGGCAGCAGGCGAUAAUUGCGCCGACGAAGAAGCUCCUGCGAAGCGCGUUUUGUUGCGUAUGUGUUAUGCGUUUCGCUGCAAACGAAAUCUCACGGGGUGCCAUAAAUAGCGAGGUAAAAGGCAAUUAAGCCGUUUUUGCUGUCUUAUUGGUUGAAAUAAGAACGCGGCCGACUCUCAGACAGGUCCGCCAUAUGCUCCUGCAGGUCAGUCUUUUUCAGUAUCUGCAUUAAAAGUUUUACCAGAGCAUUAAAAAGAGUAUUCAGUUACUCUGGUUUUACGUUCAGAAGUUUAGCGGCUAGUGUAAGACAUGUCGCAAAUUAAUCAGUUGUUCAUAUCUUUAGCUUUUCGCAGAGCAGAGAUUCUUUCACUUCGAAGCUCGGGUGGUUCAUACUUGCAGUGAAGCCACAGCCGCCGCCGCCGCCGCCACCGCUGAUGGUUUAAAAUAAAACGUGGGUAACAAAAAUUAACUCAGGUGUGAAACUUCGCCACAGGAGAACCACAGUUUCCGGUCCGUGUGUUCCUGAGCGUCGGUCACUUCGCGUCUGAUGGAUGGCGGGUCUCGGACGACAACAGCGUGAUCUCUCACGCCGAGCUUGCCUUCAUAAUUUUGACGAAGACUGCACUUAGGCCGCAAACGGCUGGCGUAGCGGACUGCGAGGUCUAUAGCUGACAUCGGUUCAGCAAGGCCGUGAUCGAUUAAGAAACAUUGGACACUCAGUAUUAACGUUAUCGUGCCGUUGAGCCAGUUAUACACUGUGCUGUUCAGUUCGUCUUCCAUGUACAAUGUCAACGUGAAAAAGAACCGUGGAGACAUGCCCCACAAUUGCGUUCUGUUUCUUUUUUUUUUUCUUUUUUUUUUUAGCUGUGUCACGUUUUCAUCCGAGCAACUCUGCUAGUUCGGGCUCUUGUUGCACUCUGUUUACUACGUCACCAGGCAGCAUGGGUGUGCAAACUUACUUCCACUUGUCAUUUUAUAGCGGGGAUUCCGAUGCACAAUUAGGAGCCUGUUAUUUUUCCGGUUCUGGCAAAGUCUGCGCCUUCCUGUUAUCCGCUUUCGGUGUUGCUUUCACGUGCAAAUGGUGGUGUCAUUUUUUCCAGCGUUGAGAAGGAAAAAAAAGGCUGGUCUUUACGACCGUACGGUUAGGGUAUAGUCCUUGCGCGCAAUAUUAACUCGAAUCAUGGUUGUGCUGUAAACGUUAUGCACAGAGUACCUCUUUCCUUGAAACCUCAGUCGUGGUUUCAUUCGGUGCAGCUGCGUGGAUGAAUAACCACCGCACGAGGCAGUGCAUUCACUCCCGACGACUUGGUUUCCUAGCGAUUCUACGCCAUGCUCGAUUUCGGAACAAACGGGCUGGUUCGGGCUGACGGCACACCCCCGCUUGUGCUUCCUGUUAUUCACAGUAGAGGUACCGCACCAAGCUCCAUGCGGAGGUCACUGAACUGCACGACCAUUGUACGUUGUUUUCAUUAUAGUGCGAAUGCGGAGCGGAGUGGUUCCGCGAUGUUGCUCUAACUGUGAGUGUUCAAAUAGUACGUAUACAGUACACAACGGUGCUCGGACUGAUCUCGUCGUGCUCACCUUAUUCCCUGCGCAUUACGCUUUCAUUUCAACGAAGUCCUAGAAUGCACGGUGCGGCACCUGUCGGCAGAUCCCGCUUGCUACUAGGGUGAACGGACGCGACAGCGAUGUUAUGGUAUAGCGAUCUCUUCAACUGGUUGCAUCACUGUAACAUCGUUCUGCGCCACGUUGAUGCCUCUGUGCUGAUCAUGAAAUGAUGUUCUAGAAUGUUGUAUGGGACACGAAAAAUGCCGAGUGUUGGGUGCCAUUAGACCCGAUAGUGUGUUACAGCUUACGCACUAAAUGCGCGUUUACAUGCUGACAGAUCGUUUAGUGGAACACGAGGCGACCGUGUAGGAUAACAGCGUCCUUGUGGUCACGAUAACUUCAUAGUGGAGAGCAUGUGCGAGCAGGCUUUGUUUCCAUGGCGCUGCUGAGUCGAGUAGAUAAAUUUUAUAACAUAUCUGCACACUUCUCGGGAGCACUCAGUUCCGGGAUUCGAACAAUCAUGCGUGAGAAAAAUCUCAGGCUGUAUUGCUCCCCACUAUUCUCGUGCUUCAUCUGGAGUGUUUCUGGCAAAAACGAUAUACAUCCGGAUGUCGCCACAGUAGAUUCUUUUUUUUUUUUUUUUGAUGUAUAAAAAUGUUCACUUUUCGUGCAUUGCGCGCGAGUUCCCGAAGCUGUCACUUGCAUUCACCCCCGUCCUCAUCGACAUGGCGUGUGUGUCGUCUUUCUGCACAGUGAAAAAUUCAUAAACGCACCGCUAGCCGAUACAUGGGAGACCAACGAGUGUACGAUGUUGUUGUGGUGAAUUUUUUUUUUUUUUUUUUUUUUGUCCAGGUGUAUUUUUUUUUUUUUUUUGUAACUGUGGAUGUAGUGUGUACCGUCGUCAUACUUGAUCGGCGCCUUGUUCUCAGCGAUGUUCUCUUGGCUGCUACGUGUGACGUGUCGCAGUCCGCGGUAAUCGGUCGUGCAGUUCGCGUGCUACGAAAUGCUUACAAAGAGGCCGUGCUUAACUGUCUGGACGGACUACGUCGCGCCUAUCGCGGCACGAACGAGUGAAUGCAGCCUUGCUCUCGGUUGCCGACCGAAACCGUUGAAUUGCGGCUCUUGUGACAGAUAGCGCCACCUGGGUUUUCAGGCAUGGCGGGCGCGUUUGCAGCGCUCCGGUGUGUAUGUUUAACCUGGUUUAGCGCUGCCUACAAGUUCAGGAGUUGUGUGCGCAGGACACGAUGUUUGCUUUGUCAAGUAUGGACCCGCGACUGCAAGGCAAGCGAAGCCUACGCACAUCAAGCCCAAGCACGACAGUGCAGCAUUGAGGGGAACCGCUCACUUGGGUUCCGACAUCGAGUGCAAUCUUCAAAGUGUUAAUCACAAUUUUUUUUAACCAGGACUUCUUGCGUUUUCGAGAAUGUGCAGGUUGGGACAUUACUGAAGUGUGAGCAAACCGCGUUUGGCUGCUGCGAUGUUCUCGAUCAGGGUGUCGCGCUCGGCGUUCUGAUGAUACUGAUCAGUCGCUGUGGGGCUUGUCUGCUCAAACGCGCAUUCCUCAUCUCAAAUUCAUGCGAACACGUAACCAUACAUGGCCUUUACGUGGUAGAUCUGGAAGCUAUAUAUGACUCACAAGCCUACGAAAAUCUGCUGUGCCGGUUGCCGGUUGUUGAAAAGUUCAGCAGCAUUAGAAUGAAUUCAGCAGCAGUAAAAUGCAAGGUGGCCGGCAAAUAGCCGCCGUUUGGGCUGGUGUAAUGUAGAGAUUCGAUUUCCAUGUUAUUCCCUUUCUCACCGCAACUAUAUCACUACUAUAUCGGUUAUCACCGGGAUCGGCCGGCCGUAAACGGCGGCUGAUUAGAAAAAGGAAUGGAGUCGCGCAGAUGAUUCGUUACAUUGUACCAGCCCUGUAUCCCUCGAGCCUGUGUUGCUCUCGACAUCUCAAAUUCUAACUGCCUGAAGUUUUUUUUAUCCUUUCAAACGCGCUUAACAUUCCUUUUUAACCUUGGGUGGCGCUGAUAUUGUGUUGUCAUUGCCUGUGAUGACGUCUGCAUAUAAACUUGCUUGAAGAACGAUGUCACUUGCGUGAAACCAAAGGAAAAUAAUCCCGGGUUGCAUGACAGUGAAUCAUUUGGUUCCGUGAGCACUUUUACAGGGAAAGUUUCUAUUUCAGCAAGUUCGUUCCAGUUGCUUCGCGUGUUCAGUAUAGCGGCAGCGUCCAUAGUAGCGCUACCGAUAGGAUGUAUGGUGGUUACGUGGCUGAAGCUUGGUCGUACAACAAUUGGUUCGAACAUUCACGGGGAGAAGUCCGUGCUAGUAUUUAUCAGGUGCUGCAGCUGCAAACGUUUGGAGAAAACAUUUAUGUAAGGCAAGCGACCUUCAUCAGGCCAUCUAUAGUCGCAGGAGCCAGAUUGCGUUUGCCGUAUAGCUAGAGCGCGUGGCGCAGUAUAGUCGUCGCAUGCUGAACUGAUUUCAAGGCAAAGUUGGCGUCGUUCAACUUGCCGAUGUCCGCGGAACUCGAGUGAUCACUUGUUUGCUGAACUAACAAGUUUAAAGCCAUCGUGUUACACGAUGUUGAAAAGUCUGAACUGUGACACUGUAAGCGGCCCUGUGCGAACCUGCGAACCGCUGUGCGCGGACUGACUACAGUGUUUGGUCAAAAAAGUACGCAUUGCAUUGAAUCGCGCGGCACGUUGUAUACCAGAGCCAUUGACUCGUGUACGUCUUGCUUGCAGUGUCGCGUUUUCGCUUGCAAAGGAUCGAACAUUUGCGCGUCAACUCUGGAAAUACUUUGAAAGUCAAGUUACGGAGAAACGCGGCCCGAACGAUGUGUUCAACAUUUUCUCUCUCUGUGUGUGUGUGUUUGACAAUGUACAUAUAGCAUAUUUGUUGUUUGAAUUGUUGUUAUGUUGACUUUCCUCAACCAACAGGGUGUAUCCUAUGGCGUUUCUGAAGGCAAUCGUUCUUCACGGCCUUUGUAAUGGCAUUUAUGCCGUAUUAGUGGCAAAGGGAAAGAGCGUCGGUGCCCGCCUAGCACUGGAACUGUAGGCGUUGUGCGUCGCAAAGUAAUUUAGGUCUCUCUUUGUAGAAGUGAGGGCCUCGCUACAGGUUUUUUUUCUCAAAGGCUCUGACGCUACACGUGCGCGUGUUCCGUGCUCCCGUUGUAUGCGGGGUCUUGGGGGGCGGGGGCUUGUCCGAAAGGACGCGCACCCAGUAUCCAACCAUGUCGACCGCGAGCGCGCGGUUCUGAAAGGUAACGAACGGUUCCAAGUUAUGUUCAGACGAGCAGGUGUUGCUUAGAUGAUUUGGUGGUUAUGCAUUCCAUGAACAUCCUUUCCGACAUUUGUGACCGUAAAGACUUGCGCCCAUGUAUAGGAUAAUUUAUUUUGAGUGUGCGUGAUUAGGGUAAGAGCCUAGUAAUAAGGAAUUGAUGACAAUGUAUCGGCGGCAGUUAUGACUGAAACAGCUGUUUCUCUUCACGAUUUAUUAAGCAAGCGUAACCUGCACUCUUAUUUCGUUCUUUUUUGUUGCCCACCGUGAUCUUUUGUUUCUUCUAUUCCGGUAGACGCUCGCGCUUCUAGAGUGAGCGAGAGCGUAGUGGAAGUGCGAGAGCGUGUUGGCGGUCCAAUCGCAGGCACGGCUGUUCGGAUGUGCUAGUCUCACUGCGAAAGGUAUUGAGAAAAUGCAGCAGCUUGACGUACACAGCUGCCUUAGUUACGCCGUCACUCGAGACUUUGUUGGAAACGACUAUAGGUGCCACACGGAUUUCACGUUUCGUGGGCCGCACGAGCAGUGUGUCGGAGCCCUCGCGCGGCCGCCGCGGCGUUGUGGAAAGGUCCACUCUCUGCGCGAGGGUUCCGGAAGCGCUGUUCGCGGCGUGCCUCUGGUGCGAGCGCUGUCCGCGACUACGUGUAGUCGCGGACAGCAACUCAGCCCGGUGCCCUCUGCUUCGAAGAAGAUGGCACCGAGCUGAGCAAUGGCCGUUGUCUUUCGACGGGGCGCGCACCUCCGAGCACGCGCGUCGGCUCUGGCUUGACCGCGGGCGGCGAGGCUGGAGGGGCACGCGUUGGACAUAUCACGAAGUGGGCUCUCCAGAGGCUGCCUGGUCUCGCACGGGUGUGCGCUGGAGUCGGCGAAGUCUGUAGGUGGGCUGUGUUGGCUGUCGUUCAUUACCCUCGCAGCGCAACCGAAACGAACGAGCGUACACGAGGAGGACAAGUGCGUGUCUUGUGUCCUUUCUAGUUGGUCGAUUUUAUUGGCUCAUUGGCCACAUGUAGUCAAACAGUGCGUGACGCACGGUAAUAACGAUUUGUCAGUCGGACGUAAGGUGUGGAUGUAAUGCGCGGCUGUAAAAAAAAAAAAAAAGGCAGCCUGAGAAACACCGGCUGCAAAAGUGCCUGAAAUAUAUAUCUAAUAAGAGUGUAUGGCCAUGGAUGGCGGUGUAUAGUAUAUUCUAUUAUAUAUCGUGCGAAGUGAUGACACGUAAACAGCUAAAAUUUGCAGCGUUUACAUCUCUCUUGGAACGCGAGGGGUGCGGAGGCACGUGCGGCGCUAUGUGAAGCUGUUGUGCCGCAGCCUCCGACGGGAGGUUGUGUGAUACCCCUGUCACACGGGAAGAUUUAAUGUCAUUCGAAUCGAAUGGCAUUCGAUGCAUCGAAUGCCAUUCGGUCUCUUGCGUUGCUACACAGUAAAAUAUAAUGGCAUUCGCAAAUGAUAGCAAUGACGAUCUGGAACAAAAUUUGUGAAAUUCAAAGAAAUUUGUGCCUAUUAAACGCGUUUAGGAACUUCUGUGAGUACUUUUAAAACCGACGAAAACAUGUUGACGCCAAUCAUCACAAGCCAAGCCACAACUAAAGCCAAGCGCAAAUCCGGUUCGCCCUUCUUAAGUCAUGGAGAUGGUCUUCCCAUAUUUUGAUAAUGGCGAAUGUCUUUUCGGGGCUCCAGUGCUCUUUUUCUUUCGAGUCCGCAGCCGCUGCAGCUGUAGCCAUGGCACCGCACGUCAAACACCGACGAACCAUCACGAGAGUACACAACACCACUGCUGCCGUUGCUAAACAAACACAUCCAAUAUGGCCGACCGCCGUGACAGACUCUUGAUGCAAAGAGUAAUAGCGCGUGAGCACAGCCCGUGAUGAAAAUAUCGUCCCGGCAAAAAUAGUUAUUCUUUUUUUUAAGUCUAAAAAGAUAUCUUCUGACUUUUCUGAUGCAUGCAUCAUUUUUUCGCGUCGCGUGUCGCUGUUGUCUAUCUGGGGCCAAGAGUAUACAUUCGGUUCGAAAUCGAAUGCGAAUGAGUUCCCCUAAAUCAUUCGAUGGCAAAUGUCAUUCCAUUAGAAUGACAUUAAAUUUUCCCGUGUAAAUCCCGAUUAGUGGGAUUAUAUGCGAAUGCCAUUAGAUUCGAAUGACAUUAAAUCUUCCCAUGUGACAGGGGUAUUAAUCACGAAUCGCCGGAGGGGGUACCAUGCCAACAUCGUUUAGGUGUUGCACGACCGAAUUGUUGUCGAACAUAUCGCUUCUGUCUUAUACUUUUGUAGAAAUCUUACCAAAUAAGCGAUCAGAUCAAACCCUAUACGUUCUAAACAUAUACAGCCCUUCAAAAGACAAGAGCCAAGCCGCAUCUAAAUUUAUGGCAAAAGCCUAUAAAUAUGCAAACAGCACCCGCCCUGGGGUUAUCAAAAAUGCGCAAAGAAGGGCACAGAACUCUGGGAGACUGCCAAAGAUCACUGUUUCACCUUCCUAAACGAUCCGGAACGUCCUACACGCAUAGGGAACAGCGUUAGUCGUAAUAUACUUCACCCGAUCCGACUUUCGCCAGAAACAUUGGAAGUGUCAUAUGGGAAAACACAGGCAAAUGUGGGGAGCGAUCAUUUGCAUCUUAACCACCACAAUCUUCUUUAAGGGAUAUUAAAAAUACAAACCCAAGAUAAAGCAUACUAGAUGGGACGCUUUCCGCUACAUCCGCGACAAGCGCGAACCUAUGUCAGUCGCUAACCUCAAAUAAUAGGUGUCCACCCUGGUUCAAGAUACAAACCAAUGAUGGUCCAACACCAGACUCCAGAUGUUGGAUGCACAAAAAAGCCUUCAGAAAACAUUGCUGACACAAUAGCACAACAGAAAUCUGUUAAAACGGAUAGCACAAGUACAAAGGUAGAUUGAGCAGUACUCACUUUCUUAGCCAAGAACACUGGUAUCAUUUGUGCGAUCGCUUAAAUGGACAACUAGAUUGUAAAAACACCUGGUUUAUACUCAAACAUCUAAUCGACUCAAACCAGAUCGUUAUUUUAAUGUCAAUACGACCCCCCCCCUCCCCGCCCCUACUGCGUACACAGGAAGCUGCAUGCAAUGAGGAGUUGGAUAUUGACAUUAAGCGGACGUCCUGGCGGUCCUAAACGAAAUCAAAACCACUGCAGCCGCUGGUGAAGAUGGUGUCACCAACAAAAUACUGCGCAAUUUAUAUACGAUCAUUCAAUCGCCGAAAUUACUCAGCCUUUCGACAGUCACUGGAAGGAAGGCUGAAUUCCCUCCUGUUGGAAGCACGCCAAGGUGAUAUCAAUACUUAAAUCUGGCUAAAAUCUAAAACUGAGAAAUAUUCGAUUUCAUCAACCUCAUGCCUGCCUAAGGCUACGAAACAUGUCAUCUUUAACAGACUGAACGAAUAUGCAGACUGGGAAGGUCUUUUUCCCCAUACCGUGGUAGGUUUUAGACCUAACCUAUUUACACAAGACAUAACGUGACAGACACAAAACGACAUUCUUCAUGCGGGAUACAUCAAAGCGACAGGCACCAUACUUGGGAUGGACGCCAGUAAAGCAUUCGACGCAUGAAUCGAUAUUAACCAACCUGACCCAGAUGUAUGUGGGGCAUCGAACUUUUGGCUACAUUGCAGAUUUUCUCAAAGAGAGAACUGCUGUGAUUCACCUUGGAGAGGUCCAGAGUGAACGUUUUACUAUAGGAACGAGAGACACUCCGCAAGGAGCCGUCCUCUCACCAUUUCUGUUUAACUAUGCAGGCUUUACCCCUCUCCUAAAGAGAAUACCGCACACCAAACAUUCAAUAUAGGCAGAAGACAUUACCGUCUGGACUAACAGUGGUUCAGACGGUGAAAUCACAAACGCACUACAGGAAGCAACGAACACGACACAGAGUUUCGUUAAACAAAACGGUCCAAUAUGCUCCCAUAACAAAUCUGGACUCUUGAUAACAAAAACACAUCUGACAAACCCAGGAGCGCGAAGGAUCAAGCUUCUCCUAUUAGUGUCCAUAUGGAAAGCAGACCAGUCCCCACCUGUGCUAUCUAUUAGGAUACUGGGAAUUUUAAUACAACACAAUACACAUAAUUCAGAGGUCAUUACGAAGUUACGAGCCAUAGCCCGACAAAUGUGCGGCCUAUACUCAGGCGAGUAGCCACGUGACAUAGUGGCAUGACUGAGGCAGGUCUAUGCCGGCUGACCCAAGCUUUCUUGAUCAUCUGCAUAGUAUAUUCUUUUCCCUACUACAAUCUACGACUCGCCGACAAAUCCGCCAAGCAUAUAAAAUCGCACUAGGACUUUCGAGAUACGCCCCCAACUCAAAGAAACUAUACUAGAACUAGGUGUAAAUAACACUCUCUCGAUGAGCUAAUAGAAGCACACAAUACCGAAACGGGUAGAAAUAUUCUACACAGACUAAACCUAAAUUCCGCUAUGAACUCUGAGGGACGAAUUUCGCUACCGAAAACGGUCAGACGACAACUAUAGUAGUCAAACCACUCCCGAAAAACAUGCUUUCGGGCUGACAUGAUGGAAGGCGGCCUGCCAGGGCCAAGGUCCUUCACGAAAAGUACAAAAACGACAGUUUCGUCGCAUACGUGGAUGCGGCCAAGUAUAGAACGAAAGGUGCUACCUCCUGAACGUAGUAGCUGGGAAAGGGCGAAUCAUAAACGCCGCCACAAUUAAAGCACCAUCCGCGCUAUAAAUGCCGAGGAGAUGGCGACAACCCAUGGCCACCACGAACAACAACACUCGCGCGAUCCUUAGCGAUUCUAAAAGAGCUAUCACUAAUUUCGCCAAGGGAAAUAUAAACGUAAAGGCAACAAGAAUCCCAAGAAAUUAUCAAAACGGCAUGCUUAUGUAAACCUAGUAUGGGUACCCGCGCACACUGAGAAUCCCGGGAAUGGGGAGGCGCACCGCGUAGCACAAAGUUUAACUAACUAAUGGGAGGCGCGCCCCCUCCUGCUCAGUUUCCGCUGGGGAGGCGGCGACCUCAGACAGUGACUUGAAAAAUUUCUAUAAAGACUCCAGGCGUGUCUCUCCACCUUCGGAUGACAAUCUCACGAGGGCGCAGGCCACGAUCCUUCGCCGUAUACAAGCAGACUCCUUCACCAGUCCACAAUGACUGGCUGUUUUUGCCAACGGAGAAUUGCCAAAAUUGUGGUUCAAGUGAAUUGGCUACCCAAGAUUACAUCCUGUGGGGAUGCGAGGGUCCCUCUACCUGAAUCGAUCCUGCAAGCUGCCUCAAAACAGACCUGGGAAGAGCUCGUCAGAGCCCCCGAAAUGGAGAAAGCUGGCCAUCGCUGCUUGGGGUGAAGGGGUCGCUUCCAGAGUGGAGCCACCUCGAGGUCCGGGCGCAGAAAUUAAUUUUCUGCAAAUAAAGUUGUCACCACCACUCUGAGCUAAGGAACAAUGCAGGGUGAAGUGAAGGGCGGCUUACGCGCGUUGCGACUGCGCUGCGAGCAAAAUGAUUCAAGCAAACUGGUGCACACAUAUAUCCGGUUUUGGAAGCAAUACCGCCGACGUGGCCCACGGGCGCCGCCCACCGUUGCCGAGGCCUCGCGCGUCUGCAGGCAGGACGCCGUUUGUGGACGACAGCACCGUGUCGCGCACUCGGCGGGGGUCAGUGACGUGUGUUUGUUGUGCAGCGUAAUAAGUGUCUCAUUAGCUUUCUUCGCCACGUACUUUUCUUUAACUGUUUUGAAAGGGACACGAACGAGAAACACUAAAAAAUGUAUACCGAUAACGCAUUCUUUCUAUAUUUAUAAUUGGCUUUAUUAGGUUGUUUAUUGGGCUACAAAAUGAAGAUCGAAGUUCAAUUUUAUUAAGUUUCGCGCCGAAACCUCAGCGUUAGUACGUCACUGUUGCACCACUGAUUUCAAAGUCUCGUGCGAGUGCGCGUGUUCUGGACCACUGCAUGGUGCUUAGCGAAAGUUAAUAAUACCUGCUAUGUUCAGGCGUCGGCUCCUUCGGAAUACGACGCAGCCCGAAUUUACCGAUGAAAAAUUAACUAUGCCCCAUCUGAGGCUGUCAACAUUCGUGGCUUCACGGUCAGCUGCUGUGGGGAACACUUUCGCGUUUUCUGACUUUCCAAAUCUCCUGUCGCAAACAUAUUUUUGGACAUUGUAAGACGGUAAUUUACCGACGCAUCUCAAGCUAUUUCUCUUUUUAGUGUCCCUUUAACACCGAACUAACAGCCGCCUUUCGGUAUCCGCGACCUUUUUUUCUCGCUGUCUACCGUUCAGUUUCGAAUGUGGCCUCACACAUAGCUGUGCCACGUCAGUGUUAUAACUUUGUCGCAUUGUUACAUUGACCACUGCUAAAUGUCGGCACAAGCAAACAGAAAACCUGUGUGUAUCGCAUCCAGAGGUACGUGUCUUACGUGCGUGGUUGUAUAGGCGUGUGUAUAAUAGAGCAGUGAUAUUACGUGAUUGUUUUUUCGGUGUGCUUAUUGUGUGAAGCGAUGGCGGAGGCAGAGAGCCCGUCGAAGACCCAAGAUCUGAGAGCGUUGUUGUUGAAACCGGUGUUAUAUACACGAUUGUACUGUUGACGCAGACACACAAACGCAAAUUAUGCGACUAUAUGUAUAAUGUUGACAUACUAUACGCUGCGCCAAUAAAAGCGAAGUGUUUGACGUGUUCA